AUGGAGUCUCCCCAAGCCGAUACGGCCGCCGUCCAAACACCAAGCACUACUAAGACUAAGGCUGGCAAGCUGAAGACUUACGCCAAACAACGCGCCAGCUCGGCCUCCAAGCCAAUGAGGAGCAGCGCGCGCAUUCGCGCAGCUUCCGAGGAGAUUGGAGAGCAGCACACUCCUGCCCGACCAGACAUUCCGCAAACCAUUGACGAGACGACCCCUGUCCAAGCAAAGGCUGCUAGAAAGACUCGCAAGCGCAAGGCCGAUCCUGCCGCAUCUGCCGAUGAAGAAGCCAUGGCCGAGGACGCCGCCGUCGAGGAGCCUGCUGAGAAGCCCGCCAAAACCCGCAAGCGUCGCUCGAAGAAGCAGUCUAUCCAGCCUGAGGAAGAACAGGGGGUCGAAGUACCCGAGACACAGGAGCCCGCACAAGAGCAAGUCGACGAGAACCUCGAGGACCCCGCAGCCGAGCCCGAGCAAUUGCCUGAGGAUGCCGCUGAAGACGAACCCGAGGCUGAGGCUGGAGCUUUGGACGCAGAACCCGAGGAUCCUCUGGACAACACCGAAGGCGACGUCAGCCAAUUCGAAGUUCCCGCGGACUCGGACAACGACGACGAGGAGCAGCCCCAAUCAUCUUCGGCAAAGCCCAAGACGAAACGCAAGAGACAGUCGGUCGAGAAUGGCUCGCCUGCGCCAGCAGUCAAGCGCGUCAAGCGUUCUUCAAUGCCACGAUCAUCUGUUGGCGACUACCCUGAACAGGGUCCUUUCACGCCCGUCGAAUGUGACCUGAUCGAAUCUCACAUGGUCGACUUCUGUCGUCACAAUGAACUGUCGCGCGAUCAACUCAUUGCCAUGAUCCAAGCAUCAUCACGCGAAAUGAGCAAAGUCUACGUCGACCUCGCUACCGAAGUCCUACCUCACCGCAACCGCCGCGCCGUUCAGCGUUACUGCCGCCGCCACUACAACAACUUUCAACGUGGACGCUGGACCGAUGAGCAAGACGAGCUGCUGCGUACCGCAUACGCCGAAACUCCCAACAAAUGGGUCAAGAUUGGCGAACGCGUAGGCCGCAUGCCAGAGGACUGCCGCGAUCGCUGGCGCAACCACGUCUCGCUCGACCAGCGCCACACUGAUGUCUGGACUCAAGACGAAGAGCACCGCCUGGCUGCCGCGGUGAGCGAGUGCCUGCGCGCCGUCCAAGCAAACAUGGAAACAACCUUCGACCGCGACCAAGAAGACGACUUCAUCGCCUGGAAUGUGGUCGUGCAAAAGAUGAACGGCUCCCGCAACCGCCUCCAAUGCAGCAUGAAAUGGCGCAAAAUAAAAGCCCGCGUCCUUCGUGAAGAAGCCGCCCAACGCGAACGCGCUGCCGCCAUCGAAAGGGGAGAAAUCGUCCGUGAUGAGGAGGAUAUGCACAGUGAUGGCAUGACCUCCCCUCACACCACCACACGCUGGAAAGCCGAAGCUCAGCGCCGCUUUGACGAAAUGACUGUCGGCGACAUGCUAGAUGUCACCCGUGAAACCCUCUACGGUGCACAAAUGGGCGCUUUCUCAUCCAAAAACACCUUUUGGGCUGUGGUGACGCGCUUGCACGGUGGCUCCCCCUGGACAACCGCGGACCGCAAAGUCGUGUACAGGAGACUCAAAGACAGCGUUGGUGACCUCCAGGACUUCAAGACCAAUCUCGAAGCCCAGGUCGAUUGGCUCGAAAACAGUUUCUCGGCCGAAGCACUUGCCGUGCGUUCGGCGCCCAAGCACAGGCCUUCGCAAGGCGGCAGGAGAAGCACGGGUACCUUCCGUAGUGAGGAGAAGGUGCAGGAGUCUGAUGACGAGGGCGAGUUGACCAUGCCCUCAUUGGGAGUUGAGCAGCAGAUUGAUGCCGAGAUGGCGGAGGCUGUUGCGCAUGCCGGUGCUGCUGAGCAGGAGAUGGAGUUGAACAAUGGUAAUGGUAAUGGAUAUACUGGAGAGCAGGAGGAAGAUGAAGAUGUUGAGGAGCAGGGAGAGCCUGAAGUGCCUGAGUCUGAGCACGAGGAGGCCGACUAUGAGUGA